AUGACUCGAGGUAGAGGUCGUGGGAAGUCCUUUGGUAUGAGUAGUCCUGCUAUUCAUGUAAGCAUGCCAACUAUUCUGAUGCCCACUAUAGUUUCUCCUCAACAAGGUGGUACCACAACUGUUGAAACAUCAGCUCAAAAAACAUAUGAAGAAACAUUUAGGGAAAAAACAACCUCUCAAUCUGAUAUUGAUCAAUGGGAAGCAUACUACCAAACUGUCGGGGGAGAAAAGAAGAAAAGAAUAUACGGUCUUGGAUAUGAAGCAAAAACUUACUACGAGCAGAAUCUUUGUGCCUCAUCAUCUGUAGCACCUUCAGUUUUUCAAUCAACAUCGACAAGCAAUAUGGAUGUGUUUGUAAAGGAAAUGAUUCAUGCCCUUACUAAUCAUUUUCUUCUGGUAAUUAUGGAGCGGGUACAACAAGUGGUUAGUCCCAUUGUUAAUCUAUCACCUGUGACACCCAUGCUGCUUCCUCCUACUACUAUUAAUGAGGAUGAGGUUGAUCCCUUAGUUUCAAGUGAUGAGGGUAUCCCUUAA